AUGUCAUCUACAGUUGCAGGUCGUACCAUUUUAGCAUCCACUAUUGCUAAAUGUUAUAAUCAAGAAAUCGAAGAAAAAGUUAAAGAGAUUAUUCAAAGAAGAGAAAAUCAUGCUGCACCUUUAUUAGUCGGAUUUUUGGCUAACGACGAUCCAGCUGCAGAAUCUUAUGCUAAAUGGACUGAAAAAACUUGCAAAUCAAUGGGUUUCAACUAUGAAUUAAGAAGAAUCGCAAAUAAAGAUUUUUUGGAAGAAUCUAUCAUCGAAGCUAAUAGAGAUGAUGCCGUUGAUGGUAUAAUGGUCUAUUUCCCAGUUUUUGGUAAUGCCCAAGAUCAAUACUUACAGCAAGUUGUUAGUAUGGAAAAGGACGUCGAAGGCUUAAAUCAUGUUUAUUAUCAAAACAUGUACCAUAAUAUUAGAUAUUUAGAUGAAAACAAAACUUUGAAAAGUAUUUUGCCUUGUACCCCUUUGGCUUUAGUUAAAAUCUUGGAAUUUUUAAAGGUCUACAACGUUUUAUUACCAGAGGGCAACAGAUUAUAUGGCAAAAAAGUUGCUGUUAUAAAUAGAUCUGAAAUUGUGGGGAGACCUUUAGCUGCAUUACUAGCUAAUGAUGGUGCUACUGUAUAUAGUGUUGAUAUUGAUAAUAUUCAAAAAUUUACUAGAGGUGAAGGUUUAAAAUUUAGUAAGCAUCAAGUGCAAGAUUUGGGUGAUAAUGAACCUGUUUUACUAGAAAAAGUGUGCAAAGAUGCUGAUGUCAUAAUUACUGGUGUUCCAAGUCCUAAUUACAAGUUUCCUACCGAAUAUAUCAAGGAAGGUGCUGUUGUCAUAAAUUUUUCUUUCCAUAAAAAUUUGAAUGACGAUGUUAAAGAAAAAGCUUCCUUGUACGUUCCAAGUACGGGGAAAGUUACAAUUUGUAUGCUGUUAAGAAAUAUGUUAAGAUUAGUGGAAAACAGAGAAAAAUUAAAGCAACAAAUAUUAUAA